AUGGACUUCAACAAGAUGCCACUGUUAAAAGUGCUUGGUCUUGCUGGUAACAAUCUCAGCGGCAGCAUACCGAAUUCUCUAUGGGCUUUGGAGAACCUAUAUUCCCUUGAUCUGGCAAGGAACCAACUAUCCGGGACACUACCCUCUCUAAGCCCCACUUCCAGAAUGGACGGAAACAAGAUGCCACCGUUAAUACGUCUUUAUCUUUGGGGUAACAAUCUCAGCGGCAGCAUACCAAAUUCACUAUGUGCGAUGGAGAACCUCACUCAUCUUGAUCUGUCAAAGAACCAACUAUCCGGGAGACUACCCUCAUGUCUGAAAAAGUUGAAAGCAUUGGAAAUGAUUUUGCUGGGUGACAACAGGUUAAGAGGUCAGAUUACGAACUCUUUCUGCCAUUUUAAGCAAUUAGCAGUUCUGAACCUGCAUAAAAAUGGCUUCGACAAAGUGCUUCCCCAGUGUUUGUCAAACCUAACUGAACUUGUGUUGCUUGAUCUAAGUGACAAUGACUUCAUUGGUGGAAUUCCUCCAUUUGGACGACGUUUUCAUUCAUUAGCCAUCAUCGAUCUUGAGAACAAUUGUCUCACCGGAGGCAUUCCCACGCAACUCUGCCAACUUGAUUCUCUUCGGUUUUUAAGCCUAGCACGGAACAAUAUUUCCGGAAGCAUUCCGCUGUGUUUCAAUGGAUUGUUAUCUAUGGUUGAAAACAGAGUUCCGACAGACUCCCUUUGGUCAUAUCCGACAAUCAUUUACGUCAUGGUUCAUGCAAAGAGAACUACCCGACUAUACGACAAGACACUCCAUUUCUUCCAUUCCAUUGACUUAUCUGCAAACAAUUUAAAUGGUGAAAUACCAAACGAAUUGACUAGGCUCGUCCAACUUCAGAAUUUGAACCUCUCUCAAAACAAUUUGAGUGGGGAAAUCCCUACAAACAUUGGCAACCUCAAAAAGUUAGAAUCCCUUGACCUAUCCAACAACAAGAUUUCGGGCAAAAUCCCCCCUAGCAUAUCCAGCGUGGAUUCUCUGAGUUGUCUCAAUCUCUCAUUCAAUAAUUUAUCAGGCCUUAUUCCUUUAAGCAGUCAUCUGCGUACCGUGGAUGAUGAAUCUGUGUAUCGUGGUAAUGACGGACUUUGUGGAGCUCCUCUUUCAAAAGUUUGCCGUGGAGAUGAGCAACAUCCUAAUAUUGAUGGACAAGAUGGUGAUUUUCAAAACAGAGGUGAACCCAAUGAAGGCAAUCUGGACAUCCUAUGCGGGCCUGGGACGGGGAUUCGCAAUUGGAUUCUUGGGAUUUUGUGGUGCAUUGCAUUUCAAGCAGACUUGGAGGAUAUCUUACUUUCAAGCAAUAGAUAG